AGUCCGUCUGCGUUUGGCAGCCUUACCUUAUAUUUUACAAAAGCACAAGCACAACCUCUCCAUCUAUCUCUCUCGCCCAAAUCAUAACACAGAGAUCUCUCAAUUUCUAGACUUCCCUUCUUCUCUCUCUGUCUCUCAAUUCUUGAUUUUCUUGGUCUUAAAUCGAUUUUCAAAAUCUAGGGUUUCAAUUCUUUAAUUUUGGCUUCUUUUAUAUCGUUUUCUUGUUUUUGCAGGUAUUAUUUAUUUUGCAUAAUUUCACCAAACAACCUUUGGUGAAAUUCCUGCUCUUGGUUGAUAAUUACAUGAUCACAAGGAUGCUUUUCAGUAAGCUGUAGUAUAAAUGGUGUUAAAUUGAUGAGAAUGAAUUGUGUACAAAUAUGGAUGGAAUUUGUGCAUAUUGCUUGAUAUGCAAUGUUGCAGGUAUAAUUUGAGAUAUGGGACAAAGAAACAUGCUAUGCACCAAUCAGAUGAUUGAUUUAGAAAUGGAUCAACAAAGCCAGGGAUAUCUACAUCCUGAGUCCUGCAUUCUUCUAGGGGGUGUGACAAACUUCCGACCACCUGAUAUUCCUACCAUGUUAACAGCUUCAGGGAACACUAUCAAUCGUGACGCCCAUCUAGCUGAUCGUUAUGAUGGUGCUAUGUUUUAUGGGAUGCCCCAAUACCAUGGUGUUCAUCCUCAUCCUCAGUAUCACAGCCCAAAUCUUGAUUUAAGUGUGGCUACUGCACCCAACUUCUAUGUUCCUUACAUGACUCCAUCUUCUGGUAUUCCUAUCAGUCAUGCAUCUUGUGAUCAAUUAUCUUCAUCCAACAAUUAUGGAGUGAUUGGAGUUUCUGCUGAUGAGUAUGGAACAAACAGUCACUUCAUGGAUAAUGCUAGAAGUUCAUACAAGAGAAAGAAUGCUGAAGGAAAUCCAGGGAAUUUCCACUAUCUGAAUGCCUCAGCAAGCUCUAGUUCCUCAGUUCCCCCAAUGAAUACAAGGCAUCCCGAGGGGGUUGCUCUGAUGGAUGCUACAUCAUUCACCCUGCCACAUUACAGGGGGACUAGUGCUUCAUCAAUCAGGGAAGUAGGAUCUCAAAGAAGUGUGAGGAAUAGAUUAGGUUCUGUGGGGCUCGAUCCUGCCUUGACACACAACCCGAACCAUUUUAUUCAAGGAAACUAUUUGGGCCAACCCUAUCAGCCAGGUGGCUCUCUCUGGUUAGAACAACACUUAAGCAACGGUUCUACUGAUGCAGGCGCUUCAGUAUGGACUCAGACCCCUACUAUUCCUUACAUGCACGGGAACAAUGUCAAUGGAGUUCCUAUAGAAACUGGGAGCAUGGGUCCACAGCGGUAUCAUGAGCCAGCUAGCAACAGAAGUAAUGCCAGUUUCUCGCACCCUUCUCCAGUAAACCCUCAGCACCAUAAUUUUCAUCACCUGUCUCCACCAAUUCAAGGAAUUAGAGGUCACAAUAUUAAUAUUCUUCCUCAAGCACCAGCAGCUUCAUUCAGAGUUCCUACAGCCAAUGCCUCACAAAGCACUAUGAAUCUAUCUCAAGAUGGUUUAGAUAUUGGACUUAGGAAUCCGGGAUCUGUUCAACCAACCGGCCUUCGAAUGUACCGGCCUCGCCAUGAGGGAGUUGCACCUGAGACCACACUAAGACAUCGCAACCUCCCUCGCUUAAGAGUGUUGCCAACAGAUGGGGUAGCAAUACUAGGGUUCCCUGACUAUUAUGAAGUAGAGAAUUAUGCUGACCACCACAGAGAUAUGCGCUUGGAUAUAGAGGACAUGUCUUAUGAGGAGCUUCUUGCACUUGGGGAGCGUAUUGGUAAUGUAAAUACUGGCUUAUCAGAUGCAACUAUCAGAAGUCAAUUAAAAACAAGAACUUAUUUAUCAUCUCCUUAUUCAAUCAAUUUGGAAGUAUCUUGUAUGGAUCAAGAAGCUGAUUCUUGCAUUAUUUGCCAGGAUGAUUAUAAGAGUAAGGAGAAAAUUGCAUCUCUUGAUUGUGGACACGAGUAUCAUGCAGAUUGCUUGAAGAAGUGGCUACGCUUGAAGAAUGUCUGCCCCAUCUGCAAAUCUGAAGCCUUAACCAUGGAAGGAAAGGAUGUUUAAGGUGGUGAUCCUGCUUGUAUAAAAUAAAAGGAAAAAUAAAGCGGAGGAAAGGGGUGACAGCUUUAUAGGCGAGCAUUCAAAGCACAGCCAGUUCUCUCUCUCUUAAUUUGUUUAUUAUAACAAAGUUGAUAUUUUGGUACAUGUAUUUUGUACAUGCACUUGCAAAUAUACGACUAACUGUCACACGAAGUCAUUUAUUUGUUGGCUCUGAAUGUAUCAAAACCUGUACAGACAUUCAUUAUAGAUUUCGUGUGCUGUAUCAUUAACUUUCAGUUAAGGUGCCAUUCCGGUUCCCUUUGUAUUUUGAGAUGCACAGUAUUGGAAUGUUGGAUCAUAAAUCUGAUGGAUAUAACGGUCUGCUUUUCCUUGAA